UGAACCUACAAAAUACGUCCGGUGUACAUAAAGUCAGGCUCGUUGCGUAUUAAUGUUGUUAUUUAUACAAAUGCGAACGCCUGGAAAAUGUUAAUCUGUUGCACUAUUGUCAAUGGGCGGCUCAUGACCUGAAUACAUUGUCGUCUGCUACUGGCGACCGGCAGCAGAUGUCCGAGAUGACGAACUGUUGAAACUGGUACACGCAGCUCUCUUCUAGACUACAAAUAAUUUACAGAACACCUAAGUUAAGUAUGUAAGUGAUGGCCUCUGAAGAAGUAUCGCCCAAGGUGUCGCCGACUUCAUCUCCAUUGCAUUCCUCACCACUGCCUGGAGAUGAAAAGCAUCAGUGUGCAAUUUGUUCAGAAAAGCUGAAACAACCCAAGGUUCUCAGUUGUCUGCACGUGUUUUGCCAGGAAUGUCUCGAAAAGCAGUUGAGUGAAAAUAAGGGAGAAGAAUCCACACAGUCCGUGACACCACCACCUCAAGUGAUAAAAUGUCCAACAUGCGAACAAGAAACAAGACUUUCUUUCAAGGGGGUCAUUGCAGACCUCCCUUCAGAACACAUCAUAUCAGAUAUGCUCAAUGUGUCUGUCAUCGAAGACAUGCAGAUCGUUUGCACAAGCUGCAAAGCAAAGGAGAAAGCUGUAGCUAGAUGUACUGAUUGCGCCAAUUUCCUUUGCCCCAACUGUGUUACAGCACAUCAGUUUAUGAGAUGUUUUGAAAAUCAUAAGGUUGUAUCGUUUGAAGAUAUGCAAAAUGGGGAAGGUGUUAAAAUGCACAAACCUAUAUUCUGUGACCUGCAUCCAGCAGAAAACAUCAAAUUAUUCUGUAACACUUGUCAGGUUGCAAUUUGUAAUGAAUGCAUCGUGGCAGAUCACCGCCAACCUGAGCACAUGCAUGAAAAGGUGGAGGAUGUAGAAGAUGAAGUUAAGGAGGAACUAAAAACCCUCAUUUCUGAAUGCAAGAGUAAAAUAACCUUCUGCCAAGAGGCCACAACCAUAUUGGAAAACGCUUUGUCCGAUUUACAGACUCAGCGUGACAAUGCUAAAGGCCUGAUUCAGGAAACAUUCCAAAGCUAUAAAGCCAUCCUGGAAAAGAAAAAGGAUGAAAUCCUUGAAGAACUCGAGGAAACGCACUCACAUCAAGAACUGACUAUCAUGGAAAUGUUCCACAACGUUGGGAAAACUGUGGAAAAAAUGGAAGAUGGUUGCGACUUUACAUCGCAUGUUCUUGUAAAUGGCAACAGUCUUCAGAUUGUUCUUCUGAAGAAGCUUAUCUCAACACAGCUUUUAUCUCUGAUCAACAACACACCUAAGCUAGAUGUAGCCAUCAAUAUUGAGUUUAAGACCGAUUCAAAUGUAUUCACUGAAGCUGUGGGCAAGACAUUUGGUUCCUUGGUCAAAGAAGAUCCAAAGGUUGAGGCUAGCAUGUCUUUACAUUCAUCAUUUGAAAAUGAAGGAUUCAUAUUGUCACAUGGAGUCCUCAGCCCUGGCCAUCCUAUAUUGCCACCAGUUCACUUGCCGGAGUUCAUGUCAACGAUGAGGGCAAUUACUCCUGUCUCAAUUAAUGGCAGUAUAGGAAAUAUUAUGUCACUAGCCAGCAUACCACCUCCAUCCUCCAUAGCCAGUUCGAUUGCUGCUAAUUUGCCACCACUUCCUGAAGGAGCAAAUUUGUCGAGUAAUUCUCACAGUCCUGUGAAUUCUGAUAGUGGCAUAUCUGUGGAUGCUGGCAGCACUGGAAGUAACCAGGGUAAUGCGAUGAUGAGCAUGAACAUAGCUGCAUUGGCAAAAUUAGGCGCUGUUGGAUUCAACAGCCAAGGCCAGGUGACCCUAAAUGGUCAGGUGGUUCAGGGUUUGAAUUUGAGCAGCAUCCCUCCACCCAUUUCUUCAGCCCCCAACAGCAGGACGACUACACCUAACAUGUUGCAGCAGGAGUCUGGACUGACGAGUAUGCUGAAUGUGAACACGUCGACCUCACGCAGUCAGAAUCCAAACCUCGAGUCACUGGCAAACCUAUUCAGCAGUCAGGCCACUCCACCCAUCAAUGGAGUAGGCAAUCCAUUGCUUGGCAUGGGCACGUUUGGUAAUCUGAACAACCUUGAUAACAUCAGUAGUCUGGACAUGAUCAGCCCAUCAGGAGACAGUGAAAUCUCCACAUUUGACCCUUCAAGUGUUAAUCAGCCUUUCCCUCCAGUGCGUCGUGCAAACAAAAUGAGUGCCAUGCAGAUAAGGUGUAAAUUUGGACAACUGGGUCCUGGUAAAGGACAGUUCAAUUCGCCACAUGGCUUUUGUCUUGGAUUGGAUGAAGAUAUAAUUGUUGCUGACACCAAUAAUCAUCGCAUACAAGUGUUUGAAAAGACUGGAGAAUUCAAGUAUCAGUUUGGCAUACCAGGUCGGGAGGAAGGGCAGCUGUGGUAUCCAAGAAAAGUGGCUGUAAUGAGAAGUAGUGGAAAGUUUGUUGUCUGUGACCGGGGAAAUGAGCGCUCACGCAUGCAGAUUUUUACCAAGAAUGGUCAUUUUAUCAAGAAAAUAGCAAUCCGCUAUAUUGAUAUUGUUGCUGGACUGGCAAUUACUCAGCAAGGUCAUGUUGUUGCUGUUGACAGUGUGUCGCCUACUGUGUUUUGUAUUGCCGAGUCCGGAGACCUCAUCAAAUGGUUUGACUGCAGUGACUACAUGCGAGAGCCUUCUGAUAUUGCUGUCAGUGGAAAAGAGUAUUUUGUUUGUGAUUUCAAGGGCCACUGCGUUGUAGUUUUCAAUGAAGAUGGGCAGUUUGCACGCCGAAUUGGUUGUGAAAACAUCACAAAUUAUCCCAAUGGUAUCGAUAUCAGUGAUGCAGGCGAUGUCCUUAUUGGCGAUAGCCAUGGCAACAGGUUUCACGUUGCCGUUUUCCAGCGAGAUGGAUCACUCAUAGGUGAAUUUCAGUGCCCAUAUGUGAAAGUGAGUCGCUGCUGUGGUUUGAAGAUCACAUCGGAGGGCUACAUUGUCACCCUUGCCAAGAAUAAUCACCACGUGCUGGUACUGAACACUUUAUAUAUCACUUAACUCAUGUGCCAAUGUUACCUCCUUACUGAGGGCUUUUAUUAUUGGAUCCCUUAACUUCCUUUAGUUUAUAUUAUAAUUAUGUUUACAGUUUACCCUUGUAUUGUUAAUAUAUAUUUUUUGUCACAUGAUUAUACUAAAUGCAAAGUGAUGAUUGACAUUGGUAAUCUCGCUGUUGACAUGAGUUAGCUUUUUGAAGCACUAUAUAUAUAAAUACAUAUAUAUGAUUAUAUAUUAUACAUAAGUAUACUUAUACUAUGUAGUCAGAUUGUUAACAGUUUCCAGAUUUUAUUAUCACCAUCUGACAGUGGGUGGGUUGCAGUGUAACCAUAAUAAGUUGUGGUCUCCAAUUGCCAAUCCAUAUAUACAUAUGCAAAUUUGCUUAUUUCUAGUCACAUAUACUCAGUCUUAACAUGACCAUAUUUUUUUUCUUAGUUUAUAUUCAGAAUUUGUUUAGUUUUUUGUUUUUUUUUAAAUUAUAAUUUUUAUAAUUUUUUUCUUUUAGCUGUGCCUUAAGGGAUUAUUAUUAUAACUUUUUUUUUCUGUGUUCAUAGUUUGAGAAGCUUUACAUAAAAAAUAAUAGUAUAUUUUCUGGUGAUGUUGACCAAUACUGUGUUAGUUGUAUUACUUUAAUUAUUUGUCACUUUUUAGCAGUUAUUUGCAUAUGCUAUUAUUUAGAAGCGAAAAUUGCUCAUGCGACAUGCAUUUGUAUACAAGACCAUUUAAUACUUCUACCCACCAUACUUAUAUAGUGUAUGCAUCUAAUCAAAAAAUUGUUGAUUAUUUACUGUUAAUUUUUCAUAUAUAUUAGUUAUACGAUUGAGUAACCUUAGGGCUCUUAAGGAGAACGGAAGACUGUGAAUAUUUAGUUUUUCAAAGGUAUUCCAGAAUUAUAUUUUAUCCAGCAAAUUUUUUGAGUGCAGUUUAAUGAUGGAGAAAGUGCUGCUCCCUUUUGAGCACAUUUUCACUACCACAUAUUUAGUCUUUGAGGUUACGUGUUACAAGCCUUUUCAGAGACAAUAAUCUAGUUUUAGAAUCACAACGACUUUUUUUCAUUCACUUUAACAGUGUUCAUGUUCUUUCAAUUCCAGUUUUGAAUUUAACUUGUAAUAUUUCAAGAAAGUUUAAUUUUGAGAUGUUUUAUUAUUGCCAACUUUAAAUUUUUUGAAAUGUUUGCAUUUAGUGUUUGGAAAUUAAUUUUGUCGUUUAUCGAUUUACUUUUGAAAAUAAUUUUUGUGAGAUGGAUGCCAGAUUAGAAGUUUUCAUCUAGAUAUGUUAAGAUACAGGUUAAAAAAAUUCUGUUAUCUAUUACAACUCCUGAUGUGUUUGUUUCUGGUAAUUUAAUCUGCAUAUGAAAUGCUUUUUGGGGAAAUACAUUUAUACAAAAUAGGAAGUUACUACAAUAGAUGGUAAAAACACAAUAAUGUUUUAUCGGAUAAAGCAUUUAGGGAAUUGUAUGGGGUUUUUUUCACCUGAAGUCAUAAUUGAAUAAAACAAUAUAUAUAUAUAUAUAUAUAUAUAUAUAUUAUUUCUGACAUUUAACAGAAACUUGCAGUUGUUUCUUUUGUUAAAGAAAUAUAUAUAUUGGUUGCAAGGCAAACAUUUAAGAUAUCAAAGAAGUGUCUAAAUGUCUUCACAAUAGUAUAAUCUCAAUAUACUCGUCAUGAAAUUUGUUUAACAUUCAGUUGUAUGUUUAAAGAAACCAUAUGUGAUGUGAGAUUUUUUAUGUUAAGAGUGGUUAUGGAUUUGGUUAUUUUGGCAACAGAUUAUUUUUUAUCAUCCAAUUCAUACAAAAAUAUCUACUGCCUUAUUUGCUAUAUAAUUGCCAGAAACAAACCAUCUUGGAGUUAAUAAAUUUACAACACUUGCAUUUGUUAUGAAGGAUCCAUAUUUAUUGGUUUAGUAGCAUAUUUAGGACUUAAUUAUCAAAUUAUGUUUAGUUAGUCUGUCAAAAAAUUACCUGUACUCACUACAUGGAAUUCAGAUAUUUAUUGUGUGUAUGUACUUAGCAACACUGCACUGAACAAUAUGGUUUCUUCGUGUCAAAUGUAUGUGUUGUAAGAUAUUUGAUUGAGGUCAAACCAGUUAUUGUUGAUGGCUAAUUUUGAGUGUUGUUACGUUACUAAGACAGUUUUUUGGGGGAGUCCUUCUCCCACUGCACACAACAUGCUGGAGCCAGGGAAUUGUUAUACGUAUAUCAUUUUUGGUGCUCUAACUGUAUGUAUUGCUAUUAAAGCUUUUAGUUUAAUUAUUAUGCGAUAAUGUUUUAUUUUGUUUGUGAUUGACAACUUACCAUUAAGGGAAGAAAACAAACGUUUUGACAAUAGUGUGGACAAUAGAACGGGCCUGUAUUAACAUUUAAGUUAUUAUUUUUGUUUUUGGUUUUAACAUAUCUUUGAAAGGGGUAUUCAGGCGACAUUUUAGUGGCAAAUUAAAGAUAUUAAUAUGUUUAGUGGUUGUUUUGACCAAAGAACCAACACACAGCUAGUGCUGUUGUCCACAUACGGUAUAGUUGUGCACUACUUUACAAGUUGCCUGUCCAGUAUUUAGCACAGUCAUUUUAACCCUUUGGUGGUAGGUUAAGAACUGUGGACAAUAGGCGUUUCUUUUAUUUGGUAUUAUUCUGUAUUAUUUUUGAAAAACUUUUCUAUUAAUUACACUUUUCAUAUACAAUUAUAUAUAUAUAUAUACAUGUAUAUUUAAUUGAUGUUUUGCAAUGUUAUUUUUCCUAAAAUUCUGCUAAUGUUUUGAUUAUUUGCCAAUAUGUUGAUUUAAAAAAAUAAAUAUGCAGCAAUGCCCAAUAAUUCUGUUUUAAUACUUACAUUGUACAUGCACUAGCCAUGUUGUAUUAUUCCAAUAUCCGGUUUGGGCCUCUAUCAAUAAUAGUUUUUCACUGAUUAAUGUUUUACAAUGUUUGAAGAGAUUCUCAGUUUUGAUGUUGAUAUAUAUUAAUAUUUUAUUGAAAACGUUUGGGCUGCUUUGUUCCAGUUAGCACUGAAUGUUGACUUUCUGGGGUUUUUUCUAUUGAAAAAAAUGAUUAUUAUUUUUUUUGUUUUGAUUUGAAGCAUGUGCUUUUUUAUUUUUUGCCAUUCCCUAGUUUAUGUUAAUAUUUUUUGGAAAAUCACAUUGCAAUGAUAUAUACAAUUAUUAAAGAGUAUAACAAGUGUAUUGUUAUUGUACACUUGUUCUACUUUGAAUAUGAAUUCCCUGAUGGCUGCACAGUGUUUGUUAUGCAAAUAAGGCUAUAUAUUAGUAGGUUUAAGCCUAUAGGGGUCGGGAAGUAAAGGACUUCAAGCACUUUGUUUUUCUUGUGAAAGUUGCACUUUCUAAACUUAAUAUUUUCAUAUUGGUGUUGACAAUUUGUGUGUUUUUUCAAUUUAUAUAUUAUUUAUUUUUCUUAUUUGUGUUCUAUAAAACUUAUUUUGUUGGAUUUUUUGGAGAGAAAUGUAAAGCCAAAAUACAGUACAUAUAUACACUUAAAGAAUAUUUUUUUACAGGUUAACAGGUUUCAUCUUGUUCAGUUGUUUUGACAAAACUAAUUUACUGUUGUCAAACAAGCUUAUAAACAUUUAGAUCCGUAUGUUUUUCCAGUGGAGAAAGAUUUGCAACAUGAGCUUAUUAUCUAUAAUUAGUAGCAUUCAGUUGGCAUGUAUAUUAUCUAUAUCUCAUAGCAGUUUGUUGACUUUAAAUUUUUAAAAGGCUAGUGACAGUUAGGUGCUAGGACUAUCUCUGAGUGGUCAGAAAAUGUCUCCACAUUCUCUCAAAAAGGCAAAACCCUUAGUUAUUUUCCAACAAAAUAUCAUCUGUUAAACACUAAUUUUUGUUAACAAAUUAAAAAAACAAAUUCGCCAAUUGUUCUUGACAUUCGCAGUUGGCGAAUAUGGCCGAGCUAGCCUGGGUGCAAUCAUUGAACCUGUUACAAAGAGUAAUAAUCAAUCUCUGCGUAUUGCUAUUAAAAUUUUCCAGUAGUUUGGAUUUAAACACAAACACUAAUCUGUUGCAUAUAUUGUCGUACUGUUUGCUUAACUAUAUUAACUUGCACAUGAAAUUAAACUGAAUGAUGCAUACCUUUAGUAAAUAUUCUAUAAGCUUGCUGCUAACUAUUUAAGUCCAGCUAUGACACCGAGUGAUCUCAUUACGCUAAUCAGGCUGUGCUGAACUACCACACAAACCAUUUUAACCAAUGUUGAAUAUUUUUAUACUCUUAAAUUUUCUACAUAUUCACAAUUACCUGUAAAUUGUAUUCUUAUAGGUUAGGUUGGGUUAACGUUUAGUUAAAAGUCCUACUUGCCUUUGUAAGGUUUGUAACUAUUGAAUCCCUACUGGAUGAUUUUUGUAUUUAGUAUGGAUGUUGAUGAAGUGAUAGUUAUCCACUGCACAAGCCCAGUCCCAGGUCACUUCCCUAUCCACUUCGUUAAAAGCUGUCUAGCACUUGUAUGGAUUUAAUUAUCUUUACAGGAUUCAGGAUAUAAUAUAAAGAGACAUCACACUUUGCCAUUUAGGUUUGGGAAGGGGUAUGAAGGUUUUGACUUAAUAGACUAUUAGAUAGAGGGUUUUUUUGUUGGUUUUUUUUAUUUCGACACCAAGACAUUGUAAAUCUGAACCUUUAAUGGACAGUUUAUUGACAUGACCUUUGAAAUAACAUUGUAGUGGCAAUUUUUGACAGUCUUUCGAUAAUGCAGACAGUUUCUUAAAAUGUGCCUUUUUUAAUUCCCAAAGUAAAAGGUUUGUAACUUUUGGCAGUUAUUUUAUAUAAGGACUACAUUUGUUAAAGUUCUUAGGUUGUCUUUUUAUUAAUAUAAAAUACAAUAUUAAAAUUUAGUAUCAUAACCAUGAUUAUAUUAAAAUUAUAUAUAGUUGAGUUAGUGGAAUAAUGGGUUUUCUUCUCUGGUUUUUAUGUGCAUCGACUGUAGCAUCAUUUGAGAUAGAAAUGUUUAACUGUUGCAAGUCCUGUUCAAAGCAUAGUUGACUUCAAGUGGGACAUUCUUGGGUUAACAAUAUUUAUUUAGUUGCACAUAUUUGUUCUAUUUAGUUGCACAUAAUCAUUCUAAACUCUGUGAACAAGAUGCAGAAUACAAUCGUUUUAACCUUAUUUCGACACAAUCUGUUUGUUUUAAAACGUCUGUGCCUAUAUAAUGUAGAUCAGUUUGUUGGUUCUUGCACUGAUAUCAGUAUUUCCAGUAUCCACCAUAAUGAUCUAUCUGAUAGAAAUUAUAUUUGUGAUAAAUAUUUUUGGACCUUUUUAUUAUUUUAAUGAAUAUUCAGUUUGCAAAACCUGACCACGUUAGUUGACAUUUUCACUAAUAUGUUUUUAUUAGUCCGGGGCCAUCCAUAAAGUACAUAUAUAUAUGCUGUCUGGGAUAUUUUAUUCCCUCUCCACCAGACACCUUCCGUAAAUUUAAUCUUUUCGCCCCUCCCCCAUGUACAGGUGUGCAUUGAUGUAUGCUGAAAAGUACAUUGGAUAUUAGGAGCUUAAAUUGCAUAUAUUUCACUCAAUAAUUUUAUGACAUUCAAGAAAUAAGUUAAAUCUGUUUUAUUGUUUUAAACAAAUUUAACAUAUGAUUGGGAUUUAAGAGUCUUUCUUCUAGAGUGGUAUUUAACUGGCUUUAUUUUAUAACAAUUGCAUAUAUACGUUCCUCCUCCAUACACUUCAUUUGUAAUACCUACCCCCAAACCCUCCCAUCCCCACCCCACCCCCUGGAUGUACACAUUUAAUGAAUAUCCCUCAAUAGUUUAAUUUCAGGGAUGAGGAUAAAAAUAAAUCUGAUGUCAAGAGCUGUUUCAAAAAAGAAUUGAUACCACCAUAGACAUUUAUUUAUUACAGUAUUUUUUAUUUCCAUUUACCAGGUAUAAAAAUUUAAAUGGUAAUGCAGAUAUCAUAAUUGCUUUUUGUCGAUGUAUGAUGUCAAAUACAAGUUUAAUAAUUAAAAAGAAGUUUUUUGUUUGUUUGUCUCUUCCUUAAAGGUUAACUUGAUAAAAUUAGCUAAGAACUAUACGUUUUAAUUUAUUUUACUGUAUGCUUUAUAUUACCAAUAAGAAGUAAAAAUUGUUAUGCCUACUUUUGCUUUCAUAUGAGCAAUGCAAAGCAACUUUAAAAUACCUAUGGUAAACGUGCCAAACUAUUCAAAAACAAGGAUGACAUUGUUAUUCAUACAUGACGUCUUUCUUUAUUGUUUUCAGUACAUCACUACACAGCUGCAUUCAGGGGAAAUUGUACAAAUUAAGUCACUAUUCAAGAUGUUAACUAUGGUAUUUUUCCUUUUAACUAAAAUGCAAUUUAAUGCAGUGUUGUCCAUCUUCCUUUUUUUUUUUUUAAAUAUAAUUUAAAUAGCCUUUAUUGGGGUGGGGGUGGGGGGGGGGUCAUCUCUUGAUAUUUGACUUCAACUUGGCAACACAUGCUUCAAACAAUGACAUGACCAUCAGUAGACUAUACUUAAUUUUGGGCGUAAUAUUUAUUUUUAAUGUGUUUGCAUUUUAGAUAUCACAAUUAUUUGUCUGGUUUUAACUUUAUUAUAAAGUUAACCUUUAAUGACUUUCCAGAUUUAUUCCAGAAAAAACAUACACAGUUACACAAAGUUAAGAUAAAAAAUAUGCAAAUUGGUUUGUCGUAAGUGCAACAAAUUGAAAUACACAUUGUACCUUUUUAUGUACAUGUAUAGUGCCAACAUAUUUUUCUUUCAACCCAUUUUGUGAUUCUUAAUAUUUUCAGUUUACUUUUACAAAAUAAUGUGUAAUCUUAACUUUCCGUCUAAAAACGUUAGUUAUUUUGUGCACAUGAAAUCAAAUAUUUUGCACAAUAUUCUUGUGCAAACCCAUUUAUUAUUAGCUUUACAUUGAUCAUUUUAUGAUUAGCUACUACUUAUUUACUAUAUACUUUAAUUUUAAUGUUUAUUUACAAGUUGAGUUUGUUUUUAACAAUUGAUUUUAUUUGUGGCAUAUAUUUUUGCUUUUCUGACCGUUCAGCAGCAGCAAAUUUGGUUGAACAUGCAAUGGAAGAAUUUUGUCUACUUAUUGCUCAAAAAUUUAUUAUGUUAGUUUUGCAUUCUUUUUGUUUUUUUAAAGUUACAAGUUGGAAAAGGUAUUGCUACAUGUAUGUAAGCAAGGAAACAGUUAUAUAUUUAUUUAGAAAACAAUAAUACUGAUAGUGCCUUAUUUCUAAUAAUAAAACAAUCUUGUUUUUAUAUAUUUAUACAUAUUUAUGUAAUACACUGCAUUUAUUUUGAGGUCUUUUUGACAUUUAUAAAUUCAAGUUUAUCUACCUAUUAAUUUUUUCCUUUCUUUUUCUUUUCCUCCCAUUUUUCUCCCAUUCCCGUAGACUUGGUAUAUUGCACUAAACAAUCUGGGGCCUAAUUCACAACGCUCUCUUGAGCUUUCUUAACCAACUUUGCAUCGUCCUUGCAUGUCUUUUUGCAUUGCACUGUGAGAUCGCAGAGUUGCAAGAGUUUACUGAAUUAUGCCUCAAAUGUGUGUGAACCUAGUUAAAGCGAACAAAACUACCUAUUCAAACCAGGUGUAAUAAUUUCCAAAAACAUUUGCAUUUAAAUAAUAUUAUUAAUAAUCAAAUAUAAAUUAGUGAAUCAUUGAAUACUAGAUGGUAUUUUAAAAAACACCACCUCAAUUUGGCCAUUUCAUGGUGCAUGUAUGUCUGGUGGGGGUGGAGGAGGAGGGGUGUGGGCAACAAAAAUAUAUUUUCAGAACUUUGGGGUGUUAAUUUAUUAAUUGUAUUUUUGUAUUUACACACUAAUGUAAAUGACAUGCUAGUUUGCUGAUGUAAGAUUCUUACUGUCCACAAUUUGUAUAAUAAUUUAAACAAUUUUAAAUUAUAAAUAAAGCUGCAUAAUAGAAUUUUUAUGCUUCAAACAAUGACAUGACCAUCAAUAGACUAUACUUAAUUAUGGGCGUAAUAUUUAUUUUUAAUGUGUUUGCAUUUUAGAUAUCAGGCUUCAAGUUUAGCCAGAUUCAGUGCUUUCCUAAAUUCCAGAUUUUGGGUUGAAAAAUAUUUAUAAUAUAUAAUUUUCACAUUUCUAGCGUAUUCCUAAAAAAUAAUAAUAUUUGUGUUUUAAAUCCCAAAAUUCAAUGUCUGAAAUAUUUUUCUAGAUAGGGGAUGGGAGAAAAAUGUUACUUAUUUUUUAAAUAUUUGAUAGGAAUAUUUUACUUUAUGAUUAAUGGAUUUUGUUUUGAUAUCGAAUUUUGACAUCUGAAAGUGAAAUAUUCCUAUUAAUAUAUUAUCUGAACAAUUCUUUUAUUCCUGCCAGGUGCAUAAUAAUAAAACCAUAAAGUAUUUGAUCACUGUAAAACGGUUUCCAUUUAAUGUAAUGUAUGCUAGUAUAGACAGGCAUGCAAAAUAUGCACAAUCAUUACAUAUAUAUAUAUAUAUAUAUAUAUAUAUAUAUAUAUAUAUAUAUAUAUAUAUAUAUAUAUAUUGUGUGUGUGUGUAUAUAUUUAUAUAUACUCAUUUUAGUGCUUACAUACGGGUGUUUGUCCUUGAUUUUAGUCUGUUGGCUUUCUUUUCUCUAUAAUUAGAUUUUAUUUAAACAAUAGUUAAUUUUUCUGUAAUUUUAAUGUUUGUUUUUUUUCUUUAAAUGUUAUUUGCACAAGUGUUGUUAAUGCUGGUGAUCCCUUAUUAUUAUCACUAAACUGCUGGCAAGAUUCCAAAAGAAAAAUCAGUAUGUGGACCAACCUGUUUUUAUCUUUAUUUACAAACGUGUUUUGCCAUUUUGUCUAAAUGAUACGGGCUAAAACUGUAAUGAGGUUAGUUUAUUUGAUAUGCUGAAUUUACAUUACAAAUCAACUGUUUGUAAACAAUGUAAAAACAGGUUGAAGCGAAGUGGAUUAUAUACCAGUAAUUGGCAUUAAACUUAAUUUUUCAUGUAUAUCGGCAUCAGACUAGGCUUUCUAACUUUCAAACAUAAUGUGUAGCAUAUCAACCUGUGUUGUGUUGCUUGUCCCACCCUUUUAUGAGAUAAUCUUCCAGUUGCCACUGGCAGCCAGAGGGGAAUUCAGUAAUGAUAUACACAAGUAUUCAUAUACAUAUAUUACUAUUUUUGGAGGAGUCAUCUGCGAUUUCUUGAAUGUUUAUGUGAAGGAAUUGUAUGCAAAGUGGAAUAAAGGUGUUCUUUCA